AUGGAUGUAGAGGGCCGGUUGAACCAAGCUGCGCUGAAUUUGCUAGAAGGUGCCGAUAUCCAAUUCCGCCGCGAAAACCGACUUGAUAUCGCUCUCGUCAAAAAUCUGCCAAUCGCACUCAUAUUCUUGCCCGCAGCGGACAUUCCAACUUUUGUCGGCCAGGGCCGCGUUGAUUUGGGCAUCACAGGAUGGGACCAGGUCAAAGAACAUGAUGCAUCUGUGCGUGCCGUGACGAGCAGCGGUGUGGACACAGACGAGACGCCAGAUUGUGAGAUGGUUAUGGAACUAGGGUUCGGCGCAUGCAAGCUCCAAGUGCAAGUUCCAGAGAAGGGUGAAUACGUCACCGGCCAAGACCUGGUUGGUAAAACUAUUGGUACAAGCUUUGUGCACCUAGCUACCGAAUAUUUUUCUCGACUAGAAGCCAAAGAUGCUAGCGAUGGCUCUUCGUCCGGUUCUAGGCGAAAGCCGCAGACCAAGAUUGUUGAGCUGAGCGGCAGCGUUGAAGCCGCUUGUGCCUUGGGAGUUGCUGACGGAAUUAUUGAUCUUGUUGGAUACGGGUUAUCGUACAAAGACAGUGUUGACAUGUGGCCCGCAGAAUCCGGCGAAACCAUGCGUGCUGCUGGCCUCAAGGCUAUAGAGACUGUUGUGGAAUCGACUGCUGUUCUUGUCAAGUCUCGGUCCCCAUCAAAUGCGGACAUGGUUGACCUAAUUGCUUCGAGAAUUCGAGGAGUCAUUGCUGCUCAACGAUACGUAUUGUGCCAGUACAAUAUCGAGAGAUCGCGGCUUCCGGAUGCUAGUAAAAUAACCCCCGGUAAAAGAGCGCCAACAAUCACUACCCUUGACGCUGAAGGAUGGGUCGCAGUCAGCUCUAUGGUGGAAAAGAAGAUGAUUGCUCUCGUAAUGGAUGACUUGACUCGGGUUGGCGCCCACGAUAUCCUCGUCCUCGAUAUCCACAACACGCGAUGA